UCCUCUCUAUAUCUAAUCAAGAAGGCUAAGACAUUUGCCAUAUGGGCUUCAUUUCAUCACACUAAAACAAACAAAAAAACCCUCCCCCAUUUAAAAAGAAGGAAUAACAUUUGUCAGUGCCCCCCAACAGGAACCACAUCUGUCCAUUAAAUGUGGCGGGCAUUUCCAGCAUGCAAAUCAAUUUUUCUGGUACUGGGGGAUGUGGUGAAUAAUGACUGGCUUGUUUCCGGAAGCAUGACUGAUUUGGGAUUGAAGGUUUCUGCCCCUCUGACAUUUUCACAGGGUAAUUUAUUACAGGCAGCAUAUAAACUGAUGGCCACCAGGUCUUGCUGGCAGACGCCGUAGAAGGAACGUUCUCCAAGGCUCCAUCACACCAACAGCAGGGCUUUUAUUUUUCUCCGAGCAGAAGGAUCUCACUCUAAAGGAGCUAGCAAUGUUGUGUCACAUAGCCCCAAAGGACAACCUCAACCGGAGUCUCCUGCUUUUGCUUCUCUUUCUUCAUUUUUGCUUGGGCCAAGAAGAAAACUUGGAGGUGAGCAGAAGAGCUAGUAGUCCAGUAGCCAAAGUUUUGGAGAGCCACCACCAGACGGGUCAUAAAGGUUCCAGCAGCAGGGAAACCUUGAGACAGCGGAGCCAACUGUAUAAGUGGACGGUUGAGGCAGUUGAUGGUAAUAGUCCUUCUACUGACCAAAGUGUCCUGAAACCAGACGUAGAUGAUGUAGGACAGACUACUUCAGACAGAGUCCAGACAACACAGAGUGGACCUCACAGCCCACCGGAAUGUGGUUGCCGGGGAGAUUUUGGAUUUCGAGGUUAUCAAGGCCCGCCUGGACUUCCAGGACCUGCUGGAAUCCCAGGAAACCAUGGGAACAACGGGAAUAAUGGAUUGCCUGGCACAGAAGGAUCAAAAGGCGACAAAGGAGACAAGGGGGAUUUGGGACCCAGAGGCGAGCGAGGCCCUCAAGGACAUAAAGGAGAAAAAGGUUAUCCUGGCAUCCCGACAGAGCUUCAGGUUGCAUUUAUGGCUUCAAUGGCCACCCACUUCAGUAAUCAGAACAGCGGAAUAAUCUUCAGUAGCGUGGAAACCAACGUUGGCAAUUUCUUUGAUGUAAUGACUGGACGAUUUGGAGCUCCAGUGAAUGGGGUCUAUUUCUUCUCCUUCAAUAUGAUGAAGCACGAAGAUGUGGAGGAGGUCUAUGUGUAUUUGAUGCAUAAUGGCAACACAGUCUUCAGUUUAUACAGCUUCGAAUCCAAAGGAAAAUCGGACUCAUCAAGCAACAGCGCAGUGCUGAAACUCGCCAAAGGAGACGAAGUGUGGCUGCGCAUGGGCAACGGGGCUCUGCAUGGAGACCACCAACGCUUUUCCACUUUUGCUGGGUUCCUUCUUUUCGAAACCAAGUAGAUCUACUCCCUGGAAAUGCAGUACAACGUCACUACUCGGUUUCCCUGCUCUUUGGAUCCGCAUAGGAAUGUACAGGUAGCCCUCGACUUACCACAGCUUGUUCAGUGACCGUUUGAA